UGGUUCAUCUCUCUUUCUGCCGCACGUGUAAAACGAAAACAUUUCCCAAAACGUAGAAACACCUAAAAAAUGGGAAAACUAAACGUGACGGUGCUCAGAUACCUUACCAAGGAGGAUUUUCGGGUCCUGACAGCCAUUGAGAUGGGCAUGAAAAACCACGAAUUGGUGCCAGGCCCGCUCGCUGCUGCCAUAGCCAAUCUCAAAACAGGUGGAGUCCACAAACUGCUUAAGGAACUCUGUAAGCACAAGCUUCUUUCCUACGAGAGAGGCAAGAAAUAUGAUGGCUACCGGCUUACCAACACCGGCUACGAUUAUUUGGCCCUCAAGUCGCUCACCUUGAGGGGAUCGGUCAGCUCCUUUGGUAACCAGAUUGGCAUUGGCAAGGAAUCCAACAUCUACGUGGUGGCCGAUGAGGAAGGGACUCCCAUUUGCCUAAAGCUUCAUCGUCUGGGGCGAACAUGCUUCAGGAACGUAAAGUCCAAGCGCGAUUACCAUGGUCGUCGACACAAAGCUUCCUGGUUGUAUUUAUCUCGCAUCUCGGCCACCCGUGAGUUUGCCUACAUGUCCGCCUUGUAUGACCGCGGAUUCCCAGUUCCCAAGCCUAUCGAUUUCAACCGGCACUGCGUCCUUAUGGAACUCGUCAACGGAUGGCCUAUGACCCAAGUUCACGAGAUUUUGGACGCUCCACAGGUCUACGAUGACCUUAUGAAUCUAAUUGUCCGCUUGGGAAACUCAGGAGUCAUUCAUGGCGAUUUCAAUGAGUUCAACUUGAUGCUUACGGAUGCCGGAAAACCAAUCUUGAUUGAUUUUCCCCAGAUGAUGUCAACCUCACACGAGAACGCUGAAUUCUUCUUUGAACGAGAUGUCACUUGCGUGCGAGAAAUGUUCCGUCGAAAGUUCGGCUACGAAAGCGAAGACUACCCGAAGUUUAGUGACCUGGUGCGCGAGGAUGAUUUGGAUGCUGAAGUUCAUUGCACUGGCUACGGUUUUACGAAAGAAAUGGAACAAGAUCUACUGCAAGAGUAUGGCAUGGUCGAACAGGACGAGAAUGACGAAGAAGAGGAUGAUGAGGCAGAGGAACCGCCCGUUCUUGUUCCCGCGGCAGCUGAUGCAGAAAUAGACGAGUGCCGCCGCCAGGUGGAAAACGAAGUCUUAUACAGCGAGAACAAGCGCACACAGAAAUCUGAUGAUGCAGUGCGUCGCUAUAUUGAAUCGUGUACCCAGUAUUUAGGUAAUCUUGCAGUGGGUCCUGAGGUUCCCGAUCAGAACCUAUCUUCAAAGACCGAAGACACAGAUCUUAAAUUACCAUUAAAGACCGAAGAUAUAGAUCCGACAUUAACAUCAAAGAUCGAAAGUACAGCACAGAAAACCAUCCCAGAGGUGGCGUCUGAUUCCGCCAUUAUAGAUGAAUCCAAAUCUAUUAGUUCCAACGAUCUGGAUACUGACGAAGUUCCUGAGUUGGUGGACUUGGACCCGAAUUCUCGCAUGUAUCGGCUCAAAAUGGUCGAGCAGCUGUUGAAUGAUGCGCGGAGUCAACGUUCCUACUCCACAACAACAAGCACAAUUGCUCAAUCCGUGAUCACCGACCGGAUAAGGCGCAAUAUGGACAUUAAAGAGAAACGGGAGCAACGCAAGAAGUGCGUGGCCAAGGGAGAAGCCAGUGCAGUGCAUCGUCAUCGCAAGGAAAAUAAGGAUGUGGUGAAGGAGUAUGCCGGUUGGGAUUUCUAGAGCGAGUUCAACCUAGUGAUAUGUAUCUUUUUAAUAAAAACAAUUAAUAUCUAA